UUGGAACUGGAUGAGCUUUAAGGUCCCUUCCAACCCAAAUCAUUCUAUGGUUCUAAGCUUUUUCCAGGUGAACACCAUGAUCAGAAUUUGUUCUCCUGUGUUCGAUUACUCUCUGUGUAUAAUUUGUUCUAGACCAUAGAAUUGCAGCGUGUCAUCAUGAGUCUCCCACCUAUGGGUAGUGGGGAAAAAUUACAGCAGUGCUCAGUUCUCACAGAGACCUUACCAUUUGAAUCCCCUUGUAACAAGCUCAUGUGGUGUCACUUCCCCAGAACCUCUAUUUGAUUUGUCACAGAUCAAAUAAACUUUUAAACUUUUCAUCUAAGCUGGAAUGCCUUACAUUAGGGAAAUAAAGCCAGAAGAUACAAACAUUCCUCUCGUAUCUCUACAGUAUCAGUUAAGGUCCAGCAUUGAAACCACUGUAUGUUGUCUUUUUUCCCCAAAGACGGGAACUGGAUAUCUCUAGUCCAAGAAGCCUGAGAUGAAGGAAGAGACUUCGGAGGGAAAUGAGCCGUCAGACUGCUACAGCUCUACCCACAGGUACUUCAAAGUGUACACCAUCACAGAGGGUGCCUGCACUGACAGGCACUACAGCUUCCAAUAAUGACUUGGCUAGUCUCUUUGAGUGUCCUGUGUGUUUUGACUAUGUGCUGCCACCAAUUCUUCAGUGUCAGAGUGGCCAUCUUGUUUGUAGCAACUGUCGCCCCAAACUUACGUGCUGUCCAACCUGCCGAGGCCCGCUGGGCUCCAUUCGUAACCUGGCUAUGGAGAAAGUUGCUAAUUCUGUACUAUUCCCAUGUAAAUAUGCCUCUUCCGGAUGCGAGAUAACUUUGCCACACACAGAAAAAGCAGACCAUGAGGAGCUGUGUGAGUUUAGGCCUUAUUCCUGUCCAUGUCCCGGUGCUUCAUGUAAAUGGCAAGGUUCUCUGGAUGCUGUAAUGCCACACCUGAUGCAUCAACAUAAGUCCAUUACAACACUUCAGGGAGAAGAUAUAGUGUUUCUUGCUACAGACAUUAAUCUUCCUGGUGCUGUAGACUGGGUUAUGAUGCAGUCUUGUUUUGGCUUUCAUUUCAUGUUAGUAUUGGAGAAACAGGAGAAGUAUGAUGGUCAUCAGCAGUUCUUUGCAAUUGUACAGCUGAUAGGAACCCGCAAGCAAGCAGAAAACUUUGCUUAUCGACUGGAGUUAAAUGGUCAUAGACGGCGAUUGACUUGGGAAGCAACUCCUCGAUCUAUCCAUGAGGGAAUUGCAACAGCCAUUAUGAAUAGUGACUGUCUAGUCUUUGACACCAGCAUUGCACAGCUCUUUGCAGAAAAUGGCAAUUUAGGCAUCAAUGUAACUAUAUCCAUGUGUUGAAAUGGCAAUCCAACCUUUUGAGGCCAGUGUUUAAACCGUUGCAUUUAAUUUAGCCGAAACUAGGGUAACCAUCUUUGACUGUCAGACAAAUUAGUUGGUGGAUGGAGGGUAGACAUGUGAAGGUAAAUAAAAGGAAAGGCUGUUAAAUUAGAGGAAGCAGUUGCAUGUAGUAACACUAACAUAUUUAAAAUAAGUCAACAGUAAACCACUGAAAA